AUGACGUCAUCAGUGAGCGCCCGGCACACGUGCGUCCCGGAAGCAGUGUGUGGCUGAGCUCCGUGCCGUGUGCGGAUGAUGGGGGAGCCGAGUGACGGGAAGAAGAAGCCGCUCAUCAACGACAGGAAUGACCCGGUGAAGAACUUCGAGCGCUGGAAGAAGAAGUACACCAGGAAGAAGGAGAAGUGUAAGUUCCGCAGGAAGCAGAACAAGAGGCCGGAGUGGCAGAUAGAGCGGGACAGCAUCGGUCACCUGGUGCGGCGCUACGGCGAGAUCAACGCCAGUGAAAUAGUUAAAUUUUCAGAUUUCCCUUUAUCGAAAAAGACCCUGAGAGGUUUGGUUGAAGCUCAGUACCGGUUACCCACCGAGAUACAGAAGCAGACCAUCGGCCUGGCAUUACAAGGGAAGGAUGUUCUCGGAGCUGCUAAAACCGGAUCAGGAAAGACCCUGGCAUUUCUUAUUCCUGCACUUGAAUGCCUGUAUAGGCAGCAAUGGACAGCAGAUGAUGGACUCGGUGUCCUUAUAAUCUCUCCCACUAGAGAACUGGCUUAUCAAACCUUUGAAGUCCUCAGGAAGGUGGGCCGGAAACAUGAGUUUUCUGCAGGACUUAUCAUUGGAGGAAAGGACGUAAAUGAAGAAUCUACGCGCAUCCAUCGCACAAACAUACUCUGUACCCCUGGGCGUUUGCUGCAGCAUAUGGAUGAGACCUCCUUAUUUCACGCCUGUAAUCUCCAGAUGUUGAUCCUGGAUGAAGCGGACCGGAUCUUGGACAUGGGUUUUGCAGAUACAAUGAAUGCAAUUAUAGAGAAUCUGCCAGCAAAGAGACAGACUAUGCUCUUCUCUGCAACACAGACAAAAUCCGUAAAAGACCUUGCCCGUCUGAGCCUGAAAGACCCAGAAUACGUGUGGGCGCAUGAGAAGGCAAAGUUUAGCACCCCUGCAACGCUGGAGCAGAACUAUGUGGUCUGUGAUCUCCCCCAGAAGAUAAAUCUCUUGUUCUCAUUCGUGAGGAACCACCUGAAGAAGAAGAGCAUAGUCUUCUUUUCCAGCUGUAAAGAGGUGCAGUACCUGUUCCGAACUUUCUGCAGAUUGAGGCCAGGUAUCCCUAUAUUGGCCCUACAUGGCAAACAGCAGCAAAUGAAGAGAAUGGAAGUCUAUACUGACUUUGUGAGGAAAAAGGCGGCAGUGCUCUUCGCCACUGACAUUGCAGCUCGAGGGCUAGAUUUCCCAGCAGUGAACUGGGUGCUGCAGCUGGACUGCCCUGAGGAUGCGAACACCUACAUACACAGGGUUGGCAGAACGGCCAGAUACAAGGAGGGAGGAGAGGCUUUGCUGGUGUUGCUGCCCUCUGAAGUCAAUGGGAUGGUGCGACAGCUGAACGAGAAAAAGGUUCCAGUCAAUCAGAUCAAAAUUAACCCCGAAAAGCUCCUCGAUGUUCAAGGGCGACUGGAGGCGUUCUUGGCCCAGGAGCAGGAGAUGAAAGAACGCGCUCAGAGGUGUUUCGUUUCCUAUUUGCGAUCUGUCUUUUUAAUGAAGGACAAGGAAGUUUUUGACGUCUUCAAGUUGCCACUAGCACCGUAUGCUCGGUCAUUAGGUCUUGCUGUAGCCCCAAGGGUGCGGUUCCUUCAGAAAGCCCAGAAUUCCAAGAGUAAACAAAGUGAUGACAUCCAGGAGCCCGGCACCAUCAGCGAUGAGGAACUUGAGAACUUCAGAUCUCAGCUUGGUGGAAAGACGAUGGGUACCAGGAAUAGGGAGAGUGAUGAGCGAUCCAGUGGAGACAGUGAGCAGGAAGAAGAAGAAAAGGAGGAGGAGAGCUCAGACACUGAAAAACAAACACUCUUUCAACUGGGAGAUGAGGAGGAGGAUGAUGACUGUCGAGAUAUGGAGAUUUUUACUGUAAAGAGAAGAGAUAUAUUCGGAGUUAAUGAAGGCGAUUCAGCAUCCGAGGAGGAAGUCACUAAAACUAAACUUAAGAAACUGGAAAAAGUGACCAAAGUGAAGGGCGCCAAGAAAGCCUUGAAGAAGAAUUUCAAGAUCAACACGAAGAUAGUUUUUGGCGACAGUGGAGAGGCAGUACAGCAAUGGCCCCCAGUACAGAAGGCUGUAGUAGAAGAUACUGGUGACGACGAUGAUGAUGAUGAUGGUCGAAAUGGCAUCGAUUUGGCAAAAGCAAGACAGCGGCUGACUGAAGAGGAUAAAUACGAUAAAGAAGCGUAUAGGAAAAAAGUCAAGGAAAAACACAGGGAAAGAAGAUUAAAGGAAAAGGCAGAAAGGAGAACAAACAAGAAAUCGGAAGAGGGUGAUGAAGAGGAAGCUGUUGCUUACCUUGACCGUGGUGAAAGCGAAGAAGUGGACCUCAGCGCCCUCCCUGACCCUGAUAAGUACAGAGGAGGAGAGGAGGAGGAGGAGGAUGAUGAUGAUCAUGAUGAUGAUCAUGAUGACUGACGUUCAGGAGGAAUGACUCCGAAGCAGAGAGCAACAGUGACCACGAGGAGAUUUCACCACGGAAGAGAACUUUCACCGGUAAAUCCAAGGGCCCAGAAGAAAAACCAGUGUCUGCCAAAAAGAGGAAGACUACUCCAAGCUCAGAGGAGCCAUUCGAGCCACUAAACACAGGACUUUCGCUUACAGAGGAUGAGGAACUAGUGUUGCAUCUUCUAAGCAAUAAGAGCUAGUUACUCGUGCACCCGUUUUUUUUUCCAAAACCAAUUUUCUUUCAAGCAAUAUAUUUCUGAAUGAAAGCCAAUAGUGGUAUAUACAGUAUACUGAGUACUUUAUGCCAUAUGUCGGGUAAAUGUUUUCCUUCCUUUGAAUUUUGGAGAAUAUGUUCAUAAAAAGGUAUUGGAAACCCUUUUAGUACCAUUGUAACUUACAGUCGGGUCCAUUUCUUUCACGUCCAGCAUCACAAUACAAUUCCAAUGCUAGCAGGUAAGUGUAAACUUCUUAGGAGCAGACGAUUUGAUAUAUGAUUGUGAUUGCCGAUGUAUAAGAAAUGAUCCCAAAUUCAGACCUUUUUCCAGACACUGGUUAAUAACCCUUUAUAUCCGCUAUAGAUACAUGAAGGAUAUCAUUUUUUUCCCAAGAUGUACAGCCCAUGUCUUUUGGUCAUUUAUCGUUUUGAUGUUUAAACCUGUCAUAGUUUGUGGACCGCAAUAUAAAUAUAUCUGAACAUCAGUUCUGCAGCUUUUUGUAAUGGUAAGAUGUGCCGUUUUAGAUGUGGCUGGUGCCUUUGGUUUUGACCUCUACAAAAUGACUGUUUAGUAUCAAGAAUCUUUUUUUUUUUUUUUUUACAACUUCUAUUCUGUUCUUCUAUCUGAAAAUUUGUAUUUCACAGAAUAAAGAGU